CCAGCUCGAUGUCCGCUUACCAACGUUGUCGGGCAUUUUCCUUUCAUAACCUUAUUGCUUUUCUCAAGGCUGUGAGGGUGAUUCUGCUUACCAUGAGUUUGGAAUAGCCUCUCCCGUCAAGUUGUCCAAACAGUACCCAUACAUUGAUUAGCCUAAGUCUAUAUGCUAUGUAACCUUGCGUUCCUCUGAAUAAUGACUAACGGGUUGUUGAUGUGGCUUCAGCAGUCUAUAGAAAUUACACGAUAGCCAUCUGCGUUGUCUUGAUCAUACUUGAUCUCUGAACAGCUAAUAAGCCCUAACAGAGGUGACAAAUUGAAAUUAUUUGUGAUGUCUGAGCAUCGUUUUCUAAUAUUGAUGUUAGAGGAAUUGUUUGGAAUGCAUGUUUAAAGUAUAGCCCUGGCUUGCUGUUCAAGAAGGAACGCAACAUAGCCUACUUCAAUAAAAAGGUUACCGAUGUCAUUAAUUUCCAUAGACUAUUACUAUAUAUUCUGUAUCAUAGCCUACAUAAUAUCGGCACUGACAGGUAAAACUAACGUAUAACCGUUACUGAGGUAUUUAAAGAUGUGUUAAAGCUCCAAUUAAUUGGUCCGUAGGCUACUAUUUUGUAAAGUUGCCCCAGGCAAACUGGGACGACUGUAAAUACUUUAAUUUGUUUUAUUGCAACGUUAAAUGCAUUUACAAUGCUCAAUAAACCGAAGCAUCCUUAAAGGAGCUAGUUGUUUACUGCUAUGAUAGCAAUGUACCUCGCCCGUACAGAGAAGACAGCCCUCGGUUACUUAAAAUUGAUAGGGAGAUGUUGGCACCUUAAAAGGCGGGUCAAGUGAUUAUUGGCAGAUUAGGGAGCCAACAGACUCCUGGGGGGGUUGAACUUACCUCCUGUGAUUGACGCUGAGUAUAUCAAACCAGAAAUCUGAGGUGGCCCUUUUUAACCAAUAUUAAAGUUUCUAGGGAGGGAGAAGGGGUGCGAAGGUAACGUUUAAUGAGACUCCAUUGGGUUAUAAUCAGUGUCAUGUCGGAUUCAUGUAAACUACAACAUUGUAACAAAAUGGCGUCUGUUUAGGUAACACGAUCAAGCGGCAGCCCAGUCUACCUUAGUAAUCGAGGUGUUCGGACCUCCAUCGCAAUCAGGAUUUUCCAGCGAGUUUCUCACUUUUUCGUGUGUGGAUAUAAUACUGCCCCUGCUGUGGAUUAACCUGCGUCUGUGAGGAGUGUAGCGGGGGUGCGUUGUGGAUCUAUGUGAUGCGUUUGGUUCUGCGGAGGCAGGUGGAGGGCUCUUCUCGACACAGUGGAUGCGUAUAGCUGCCCCACGGGGGACAUGCUCAGGCGAGGCCUGUAUGGAGGCGCAGUGCGUGAGCGACGUUAGCGUGAGCAGCGUCCGCGGCUCGUGGGUAUGAUGAGGCUGGCCAACCCGCUGUACACUGAGUGGAUCCUGGAGGCCAUCCACAAGAUCCGCCGGCAGAAGCAGCGGCCGUCCGAGGAGCGCAUCUGCCACGUGGUGGGCGCCGCCCGCGGUCUGGACAGCCCCGCGGUGCUGCAGCAGCUUCGGCUGGCCGUGCAGGAUGGCAUCGUGCUCAGGGUCACCAGCAAAGGAUGCACCUCCUACAAGGACCCUGAGGGGUCGUCUGGGGCAUCGGGGUCGUCUGGGGCAUCGGGGGCGAAGAUGACGGGGCCGGAGCGCGUUCCUGCGGCGGUGGCGGACCUGCGGCAGGUGGACUGGAACCGGGUUCUGCGCCGGGCCCUGGAGGGGCUUGCUGCGCCAGGGGGGUCGUCGUUUCGGAACAUGGAACGGUACGUGCGGGGCCAGCCGGACCUGGCCAGUGUGGUGGCCAACCCCCGCUUCCAGCACCGGCUGCGUCUGGCCGCCAAGCGGGCCGUCAGCACCGGGCGGCUCCUGAAGGACGGGCCGCGGUACCAGCUCAGCCCUACAGGGGGCGCCACGGUCAGAGGGCUGCUCAGGAGCAACACAGCCCUGCCAGUCACUCUGUUACCCCAUGAGAGGAACCAGGUGCGGGCCAACCCUAUCCCUAUCUGUAGUUUCUGUCUGGGCACCAGAGAGUCAAACCGGGACAAGAGACCAGAGGAGCUACUGUCCUGCACUGACUGUGGGAGCAGUGGCCAUCCGUCCUGUCUGAAGUUCUCGGUGGAGCUCACGGCCAAUGUGAAGGUGUUGCCAUGGCAGUGCAUCGAGUGCAAGACAUGUAGCUCGUGUCAAAUCCAGGGGAAGAACGCUGACCAGAUGUUGUUCUGUGACUCAUGUGAUCGGGGCUUCCACAUGGAGUGUUGUGACCCACCCAUCUCCAAAAUGCCCAAAGGUCUGUGGGUGUGUCAGGUCUGUAGGCCAAAGGACUGGGAUGAGAGGAGUCUCCUGCAGAAGACCGCAGCUCAGAUCAAACGCCGCUAUGCAAGGCCAGGACGGCCCCGUAAACACCCACUCCCUGAGGCAUACCUUCCUGACCCCCCUGUUUCAUCUGAUGGCGGAGCGACCUCUGACCCCAGCGUGUCCGGCUCUGAAGAUGAUCCCACGAACUAUGGCCCCUCCCACUCCAACAAGAAAACCAAAUCUCUCAUCGACGGCCUCUCGCGCUUCUUCACUCCCGCCCCCGAGGGGCGGCGGCCUAGUGCCGACUCCGCCCCUCAGCCAUCCCACGAUCCCCAGCAGGGAGGUUUCCCAAGGAGGCGCCACUCAGACCCCAAGCCCUCCUCCCAGAGCUUGGCUCCUCCCACAGACCGCAGAAGCUUCUCACACCAGCACCUAAACUCCGCCCACUCCUUCCACAGCCCCUUCUCUCGGCCCGCCUCAUUGGACGGUCUUCCUGGCAGCCUGCAGCUGAAGGGCCUGUUUGACGGCCUGUCACACAUUUACGCCACGCACAGCUCCGCCCGCAAGAAGAGUGUGCCCAGCUACGCCCCGCCCAAACGCUCGCGUCGCCGCUGGCAACACGCCGACUCCACCCUCAGGGACGGGGGGAAAGGUUUGCCGCUUCCUGGUUGGCCGCUAAAGAGGAAGAGGGGCCGUCCCUUUAAGAACCCUCCCCACCUGAGGCACCUCCCCUUCCUAAAGAAGCAGCAGUUGCUGGGGCAACUACGCCUAGAGGCCCCACGUCACAGAGGCCGACCCCCGAAACUGAAGCAACUAUGCCUAGAGGCCCCACGUCACAGAGGCCGACCCCCGAAACUGAAGCAACUAUGCCUAGAGGCCCCACGUCACAGAGGCCGACCCCCGAAACUGAAGCAACUACACCUAGAAGCCCCACGUCACCGAGGCCGACCCCCGAAACUGAGGCCUAUUCAUGAUAACCCUGAUGUCAGAAGGGUGAAGAGAGAGUUCAAGGGGGCAAGUCAACCUUUAUCCAAUCAGCACAUCCUAGAGGAGGACCUACAGCUGUUCCAGCGGGUACAAGAGAUCGCAAGACAGAAGAUGGCGCGUGUGAGCAGCAGUGACUCUGGGCACUCCCCCGCCCUCAUAGAGCUGGGCAAAUAUGAGAUCAAGACCUGGUACUCCUCACCCUACCCACCAGAGUACUGCAGGUUGACGAAGGUGUAUGUGUGUGAGUUCUGUCUGAAGUACAUGAAGAGUGUGAGCUCACUGGAGCAUCACUGGGACAAGUGUGGCUGGUUCCAUCCCCCCUCCAACGAGAUCUACAGGAAGGACCACCUGUCUGUGUUUGAGGUGGAUGGGAACGUGAGUAAGAUCUACUGCCAGAACCUGUGUCUGCUGGCCAAGCUCUUCCUGGACCACAAGACGCUCUACUACGACGUGGAGCCCUUCCUCUUCUACGUGCUCACGCGGAGCGAUGCCAAAGGCUGCCACCUGGUGGGCUACUUCUCCAAGGAGAAACAGAGCCAGCAAAAGUACAACGUCUCGUGCAUCAUGGUCCUCCCACAGUUCCAGAGACAGGGCUACGGCAGGUUCCUCAUCGACUUCAGUUACCUGCUGUCGCGUGUGGAGGGUCACGCGGGGUCUCCUGAGAAGCCGCUGUCAGAGCAGGGCCGCGCUGCUUACCAGUCCUACUGGAGACGCAUGCUACUGAAGACCAUACGCAACCACACCCACUCAGCAGAUAACCACGCCCACCAAGCAGAUAGCCACGCCCAGGACGGCCAUAGCGCCGCCCAAUCCCCAGAGAACUCCGCCCAGUCCGCGGAGAGCUCCGCCCGCUCGGGGCUCUCCAUUAAAACGCUCAGCAGUCUGACUGGCAUGUGCCCUCAUGACAUCACACACACACUGCAGGACAUGGGGAUGAUCCAUGUGCAGGAUGGCCGGUGUGUGAUCGUCCGACAACGGCAGGCGCUGCAGCAACAUGCGGAGCGUGUGUGUGAGAGUUGGGGUGGGCCUGAGGUGGACCCCUCCUGUCUGCAGUGGAGCCCACCAGCGCCGCCCUUGUGGGGCCCGCUGGAACAGCAGCAUAGUGCACAGCAGGAUGAGGGCUUUGAGAGGGGCGUGUCUAAGAGGGCGCGUGCCCACCCUGCCAUGAGGCGGUACCCCCUCACCAAGUGCCCCAGUGUUAGCCGCCGCCCGUGGCAAACACACUCUGCCUCGCACACCGACACACACCACACCUCCUCCUCGAGCAGUGAGGAGAAGGAGGAGGAGGAGGAUGAAGAGGAUGAAGACAACGACUUCCUGAGAUCACAGACAUCCAGCCUGAAGAGAAUGCGAGAUGUGGGUCCUAAGAGGAGGCGGGGCCGUCGGAGGAAGCGCAUCAACAGCAGUGUAACCACGGAGACCAUCCUGGAGCGGACGGAGGUUCUGGACGAGCCGCUGGAGAACUCUGUGGACGAGGCGGAGAGCGUGGCCGGGUCGGGCAGAAGGGCGGUCAGUGAGGAGGAGGAGGAGGAGGAGGAGGACACAAGAAGGAAGAGGGCGGUCAGUGAGGAGGAUGAAGAGAAUGAGGAGGACACGAGAAGGAAGAGCAACAUGGAAGUCCGCAGAGGCAGGAAGAAGAGGAGGGUCGCCGAGGGCAACAGUCAUACGCAGCAAAAGAUAAAUGCCACCACAAACAGCGUCAAAGGCGCUCUGAAACUGAGGGAGGGGCGACGGCCCGGGCGCAGGAAGAAGGGCUGGCCCAAGGGGGUGAAGCGUGGCCCCCCCAAAUGGAGGCAGCAGAGGGAGGGGGGCGCGGGCUUCAAGCUCAACCUCUACACCCCUCCCGAAACGCCCCUGCACCCCGCCCCACGGCAGGACGAGGCUGAGGAGGAGGAGGAAGAGGAGGAGGAUGAGGAGGAGGUGAAGAACAUCUCCAGGCCGGAGCGGACACCCUGCAGGGAACCAGAGCUGCUGGAACCGGAAGAGAACCUGUCUUCGGAACCUCAGAGUCCCGAGAAACAGGAGAGCGAAGAACCGCUGGAGGAGAGGAGGAGGAGGAGGAGGAGAAGGAGGAGGUCACCAGGGCACUCAGGGCACUCAGAACACACUGACUCUGCAGAGAACUCUCCCUGCCACAUGGAAGAAUACCACAAGGACCCGGACUCCCCCUCCAUCAAACCCCAGAGAGAGGAAGAGGAGGAGGAGGAGGAAGAAGAGGAGGAGGAGGAGGAGGAGGAGGAGCCGGCGUCAGAGCGACCUUCUGACAAGCAGCAGGGCUUCAGAGGUAAAGGGGUGAAGGGUCACCGAGCACAAGAGCAUGAGGACGAAGAGGAAGAGGAAGAUGAAGGCCCGGUGCCGGUGGAAGACCACGAUGCAGACGAUGAGGACGAGAGCCAUGCAGCAGGGGAGGCGGAGGAGAAGCUUCCGGAGUGUUCUGAGGUCCAGGCCCCUCGUCAUGCCAACAGUAAUGAUGAAGAGCACCACAGCAGUCCUCCUCCUCCCUCCCCCCACCCUGGGGACACGCCCCCUGAGCCCUCUCAGCCAAUCAGCUCCAACCUCCAAGACGUGGCGGCUGCCGUAUCCGAGCAGCACCCCGAGUCUGACUCGGAGGGGGAGCCCCCCCAAAGCCCCCCGCCUCAGACGCCGGCGCUGAAACCCGAACCCCCCUACACCCCCCUCUGCCCUGAGCUGGACCUGGAGACAGCCGCGGCUGUGCGCUCGCUUACCAACGAGGCCGAGCGAGACCAGGAACCCGACGUGCCCGCGUACCCGGACCUGCCAGAACCCAGCCUGCCCCGCUACCAGCCCCCGCCAGCGCCCAGCCCCCUGCCCCCUGCCCCGACCCAGGAGAACAGCCCCCUCCCGCCCCCGAUGGACGACGGGCGCGGCUCCUCUCACUGCAGCCCCCUCUCCUCCACCCCCUCCUCCCACCCCAGCCAAUCGGUGCGCUCGGUGAACAGUCCGGCCGUGUCCGUGCUGGAGGGCGGUGUUUGCGGCAGCAGCAGCGGCAACUACGCGCAGAUCAGUCCUCCCGAGCAGCAGGGGGUGCUGUCUGUGGUGUCCCUGGGUCCCGGCGGCCUGGAGGCCAGCAGCAGCCCCAUGCUCGACGUGGCGUCGGUGUCGGACCAGUCGGGCCCGGUGGGGCUGGACAGCGGCUUCAGCGACCUGGGCAGCAUCGAGAGCAGCAGCGAGAACUACGAGAACCCCAGCAGCUACGACUCGUCGCUGUCCCAGGGCAGCUGCUCGUUCGGCGGUGGGGGGGGGCGGGGUCAGCAGCAGCUGCGCCGUCUCCCAGCAGAUCGCCGCCGCCAACGGCGUGGUCAACGGCACGUCCAUGAUGCCGCCCAGCGGCAUGACCCCCCCGCAGCCCACCUGCGUCACGCCGUCCCCCCAGAGCUGCGGCAACGGACGCCAGACCCCCCACUCCCACCCCCACCCCCACCCGCACCCACACACACACACACACCACCCCCAUCACUACGCGUACAACCUCCAGCAGCUCCAGCAGCACCCCCGCCACCACACGCACGCUCACACACACCAACUGCACACACACCAACUCCAGGAGCUGCAGCCGGCGCAGCUCCAGCGCAAACACACGCACACACUCCCUCACACACACACACUCCAGCAGCAGUCGCUGUCCCACUGCUCAGUGGCGGGCGGCUUCCCCUCCCUCCUCACCCUCCCACCACCCCGACCCCGCCCACCCCGCAGGCCCAGGCCACCAUGACCCCGCCUCCCAACAUGACCCCGCCGCCUGCCCCCAUGAUGCACCAGCGGAACACGGCCACGCCCAGUCACGGUCUGCACACGCGCCCCUCCUCUUCCUCGGGCUCCUCCUCUGCCUCACAGAGGCUCCAAACGCAGAUGACACACCCAUCCCACCCGUCACACACACACCCGCACUCACGCUCCCACGGCCACACACACUCGCAUCAUGCUAUGUCCAUACACUCCAAGUCCUCUCCUCUCCCCCCGCACGUCCCGCAGCAGCAGCAGGUCUACACACACGCUGACCACACCCAGGGCGUUGCCAUGCAACCGCCCUCCCGCUCCCUGCCCCUGCCCCCCCGGACAGUCAACCUGCUCCCCACGGGGGGGUACAGCGUGGGCUCUGUCGCCCCUCUCAACCACGCCAUGAACUCCUACCGCGUCACGCCCUCCCCGCUCAUCAACGGCGGUUACCAUGGCAACCCCGCCUACAUCAACCAGGCGGGGCCGGCGCCUCAGUACUCUGUGCAGAUGAGCAUGAUGGGAACUCAGCCAUCACCCAUGCAGGCUCCGCCCACUCAUGGCAACAUGAUGUACGCGCCCCCCACUGGUCACCAUGGUUACAUGAACACGGGCGUGCCCAAACAGACACUCAAUGCUCCCUACAUGAGGCGGUAGCAUCUGGGUCACAUGACCCCUUUACAACAUGACGUGACGUGUGUGUUCUCGCAUCUAGGCCACGUGACCUGAUAAGACGUGACGUGUGUGAUCUCACGUUAAUUGAAGUGUGUUCAAUGAACAAUGAACUGUUCUGUUGUGUUAUGUUAUGUUAUGUUAUGUUCUGUUCGGUUCUGUUCGGUUCUGUUUGUAUUGUUUAUUUUAUUGAGAGAAUCCAGCACUUGGAAAGAAUCCAAAACAAAACAAAAAUGUUUAACGCGAGGCCUUAUCAGACACACACUGAGACAGGAUGUCUCUUUGUGAUGACAUCACGCCAUCUCUCCAGGGCCACAUCCACCACUGCGAUCCGUUUCCUGUGCGGCGCUGUGAUGCGUUUCCUGUGCGGCGCUGUAAUGCGUUUCCUGUGCGACGCUGUGAUGCGUUUCCUGUGCGUCCAGUUGAGGGCUUCUCUUCACGAGGGCCCUUUAAUGCUGUUUGUAAUCGGAGCCCUGCCUUCAAACUAACUAAAUUAUUGUAAAUCUGCGCUCUAUUUUUCUACGUGUAAAGUGCUGGGUCCAGUUGCAUGCCCCCUCUCCGCGUCUGCGUGUGGUGGCGGUGCGUCUGCGUGUGGUGGCGGUGCGUCUGCACGGAGCCGUGGCGCACCGACUAGCAGGCAGUUUUCUAUGAAAUGGAAUAGCCUUCCAUAGGACAACCUCGUGGAGGGUGGAAAAAGAAUAUAUUUUUGUUAAUUUUAAUCCUGUAAUGUAAAAAAAACAAACAUUUAAUCUGGUUUCAUGUGUUGCAGCUUUGAAGACUUUAUUGCUAAUGAUGUAAAAAAUACUUUUUAACAAAAUGUUCUUACUCAAGGCAGCUUUCUGUUUUUUAUACAAAUGCAGUCUGAAGUGGAGCAGCAGUGUUUAUAGCCCCACAGUUAAUCUGCACACACACACACACUCACACACACACACUACAUAUUCACUCACCACACAGACACACACACACUCACACACACACUGACACACACACACAGACGUACACACACAAACACCACACAAACUACAUAUUCACAUAUUCACACACACACACACACACACACACACAAACAUAUUCAAUCUGUUUUCGUUUGUUUGCUCAUAGAGCUUCUGUUGUACGUGUGCAGCGACUGAGUGAGGAGCAAGAGGUCAGUGUGUGAUCUCUGAACUAUGACCCCUGACCUGAGGUGUGUAUUUAUAACUCGACCCCUCUGUAGGCGCUUCCUUCACAUGCUGUACAUUUUAGCCCUGAUUAAACUAUCAGCCACUGACAGACUUA